AUGCCGCACAUUCAGGAGGAACCCAAGUUCUCGGCACCGGCCGAGGUACACCCUUUCGCCGGAGUCUUGAGUGAUCUCGACGGGACAAUUAUAGAUUCAACGGACGCAAUUGUCAAGCACUGGCACAAGCUCGGAAAGCAGCUCGGCGUGGAUCCGAAUGUCAUCCUGGCAACGUCUCACGGACGUCGCUCGAUAGACGUGCUCAAGCUCUACGAUCCGAGCUUGGCAACCUGGGAGCAUGUUUGCCAUGUUGAGGGCCUCAUCCCGAAGGAAUUUGGCCGAGACGCCGUGGAGAUCCCAGGCGCUCGCACGUUCCUCGACCGACUCGAGGAGGUCGGAGCUCGCUGGGCUAUUGUGACUUCCGGCACCCGGCCCCUCGCGACUGGCUGGCUGGACGUCAUGAAGCUGGCGCACCCCAAGAACCUGGUUUGCGCCGAGAUGGUUGAGAACGGCAAACCAGAUCCUGCGUGCUACCUGCUCGGCCACUCAAUGCUGGGAGUCGCGCCCGGCGAGCCCGUCCUGGUUUUCGAAGACGCUCCGGCCGGCGUGCAAGCCGGCAAAGCUGCUGGUUUCAAGGUGGUGGCACUGGCGACAACGCACACAGUUGAUCAGCUGAAGGAAGCCGGCGCGGACUGGAUCGUGCGCGAUAUGCGAAGUGUCACGCUCAAGGCGUACGACAACGAGAGCGGCCGAAUCAGCAUUGAAAUCUCCGACGCCUUGCAAGAAUAG